GCUGCUUGGAACAAAGCACUGCCUACAUUCAGGAAAUAGGGGACAGGCUCAAACAUUAGGUAGGCCUACUGUUGCGCAGGAAGUCCUUGAACACAAAGUCCCCCCCAUCCAUUAAAGCUGGCUCUGAAUUAUAACAAAUGCCUAGUCAUGUGCAGAUGAUGUAGUAACCUUGUGUUUCAGGACAGUUUGAGUCUAUCACUGCAAAAAGCGCAUCCGCAAGAUCCCUGAUGAAUUAUUGAUGUGGUCCCAGUUGGAGAAAGUAGGCUGUCGGGAUAGAUGUGAUAAUUGUGAAUUUGAUGGAAACUUCAAGGCUACCCUAAAGUAACAUGUUUUAGUAUCAUAGCUAAUCACUGUUAUAUUUUCUCCAAGGUUGAUGAUCUUCAGAGUGGAUCUUUGAUAACCUCUGAGAAGAAUAAAACCAAAAAGAACUGGGAACAUGGAGUUCGACUGUUACCAGCACUAUUUUCUUGACGAUUUCGACACAGAGGAGGAUUUUUAUAAGUCGACCGCACCGAGUGAGGACAUAUGGAAAAAGUUCGAGUUGCUGCCCACCCCUCCCAUGUCCCCCACCCGGACUCUGAGCGGAGCUGCUCUGCACCUCUCACCGGGGGACAAGCUCAACUGGCUGUCCAAAGUCCUGGGUCAGGACGAGGAGUGCGAGGGACAGUUCAUCCCGGACACCGAGGAGCUCUUCGGAAACCUCAGCUCCAUCAUCAUUCAGGACUGUAUGUGGAGUAGCUUUUCCGCCAGCAAGCAGCUGGAGAAGGUCAGCGGGAAGGUGUUGCCAACUGCGGCACAGACCGGUGUCUCCCCAGUGGCGCAGAUCUCCGUGAGACCGAGCAAGGCGCAGUGCGUCUCCCCCGGCGGCGCGCUCCCCGCAGCGGCGACAGACUGCGUCGACCCCGCGGCUAUUCUCACCUUCCCGACCAACAGCUGCAGGAAGCCGGCGUCGUCUGGCUCCGAGUCCCGCUCCGAUUCCUCCGAUGAUGAAGAGGAGAUCGAUGUAGUCACCGUGGAGAGCAAGCAGAGCAGGGUGCGGCUUGUGAACGUCAGAAAACCUGUGACCAUCACUGUCCGCGCAGACCCCUGCCCCAAGCGCUUCCACAUGUCUGUCCACCGGCAGCAGCACAACUACGCCGCCCGGUCACCAGAUAGCGAGCCAGAGCAUGAUGACGAGGACGACGAUGAUGAUGAUGAUGAAGAUGAGGAGGAGGAGGAGGAAGAUGAGUAUGAAGAAGAGCCUCAGAGCAAGCGCACCUGCACAGCAUCCAGUCAGAAAGCAGGCUCUUCGCCUUGUGCCUCCCAGCCCACGUCCCCCUCAGAGUCCCCACAAAGCUCGGACACAGAGGACACUGACCGCAGGAAGAACCACAACUUCCUCGAAAGAAAGAGGAGGAAUGAUCUGCGGUCCCGUUUCCUCGCCCUGCGGGAUCAGAUCCCGGGUUUGGAGUCGGCGAAAACCCCUAAGGUAGCCAUCCUGACCCACGCGACAGAGUACCUUGUUAAUCUUCACAGCAGAGAGAAACGACAGCUCCAGGAGAAGAAACGCCUCAAAUCUCGACAGCAGCAGCUUCUCCGGAAAUUAUCUGAACUGAAGCGCUCAUGAGACAAUUGAGUGAUUUUUUAUUUUUUUUUUAUUUUUAUUUUUUAAUGAACUGCCUCAUUCUCAGUCAGAAACUUUACUCUCGAGUUCUGAAGCUUUCAGUUUGUUUUUAAAUAACAUCAUGCCUCAUGUAAACAGCUGUGUGUUUUAUCUGGAAUGGAUUCUUAUAGGUGUGGUCUUCCUGUGAAUUGACUGCCAAUGAACCUGAUGUGGAGAGAAGGAGUUUGUGUGCUGAUUUACUUUGCACAUUUCUUUUUUUUUAGUUAUGAGCAGGGGUAAUGCUAUUGAUUUUAUAGUUAAGAUAUUUCCUGGUGUGAUGUGAUGGGGAAAUAAGAAAAAAAGCUGUUAAUAGUUAACUUGUGUGAUAGUGAACAUUUUGUAGCCUUUAGUGUGUGUGUGUGUGUGUGUGUGUGUGUGUGUGUGAGAGUGAGAGAGAGAGAGAGAGUGAGAGAAAGCUGUUAAGGAUGUCUUAAGUUUGAUCAUUGCACACUUUUAAUGGAGUGAAGUGAGAAUGCCUUUGUGUACAUAAUGAGUGAUGGAGUCAGUUAUUGGUGUGUUUGGAUUGAGUGACUGAAUGUUGGAUGUACAAAUUGUUCUGUAAAUAAUAGCUUAUCCCUCCUGGUGAAGGAGAUGAAAUCAAGAGUUGUCAAUGAGCUUUGCUCCUCUUUAUGACAUGCCAUCAGGCAUCAAGGAAACCUCUAUUUUGUUAAGAAAACCGAAAAAAUGGGCAAAAAAAAAAGAAUAAGUAGCACUGCUGUACUUUAUAUACACACACGUCACUUUGUGAUUUCAAUGCUUCUCCUGAUUUGGGUCGAUUUUUUUUUUAAAGCAUGCUAACAUGGACAGCAAAAUUAAAUUUUUAUACAGAAUUUGCAUAAAAA